GAUCCCUAGAGCAUCAGCUGGGAUUCCCACUGCUCCCUGCGCCUACUGAGCAGCAUCAUAAAGGGACCUGUUUCAGAAAGUGAAAGCCAGAUCCAGCUGCCCUCCCUGAGUGGAACGGCACCAUUUUCAGGCUGCCAGCGUGCCUGCCCUCUGUGUCCUCCCCUUGGUGUCGGCGGCAAUGAGCUCCUGCAACUUCACCCACGCCACCUUCGUGCUCAUUGGUAUCCCAGGACUGGAGGAAGCUCACUUUUGGUUCGGCUUCCCCCUGCUUUCCAUGUACGCGGUGGCGUUGUUCGGAAACUGCAUUGUGGUCUUCAUCGUGAGGACAGAGAGGAGCCUGCACGCGCCCAUGUACCUUUUCCUCUGCAUGCUGGCAGCUAUUGACCUGGCUCUGUCCACGUCCACCAUGCCCAAGAUCCUCGCGCUCUUUUGGUUUGACUCCCGCGAGAUUACUUUCGAUGCCUGUCUUGCCCAAAUGUUCUUCAUCCAUGCCCUCUCGGCGAUUGAAUCUACCAUCCUGCUGGCCAUGGCCUUCGACCGCUACGUGGCCAUCUGCCACCCCCUGCGCCACGCUGCUGUGCUCAACAACACAGUGACAGUCCAAAUCGGCAUGGUGGCUUUGGCCAGGGGAUCCCUGUUCUUCUUCCCACUCCCGCUGCUGAUCAAGCGGCUGGCCUUCUGCCACUCCAACGUGCUCUCCCACUCCUACUGUGUCCACCAGGAUGUGAUGAAGCUGGCCUACACGGACACAUUACCCAACGUAGUCUAUGGCCUUACAGCCAUUCUGCUGGUCAUGGGUGUAGAUGUCAUGUUCAUCUCCUUGUCCUAUUUUCUGAUUAUACGGACAGUUCUGCAACUGCCUUCCAAGUCAGAGAGAGCGAAGGCGUUUGGGACCUGUGUGUCACACAUUGGCGUGGUCCUGGCUUUCUACGUGCCGCUCAUCGGCCUGUCGGUGGUGCACCGUUUUGGAAACAGCCUAGACCCCAUUGUGCAUGUCCUCAUGGGGGAUGUCUACCUGCUCCUGCCUCCUGUGAUCAAUCCCAUCAUCUACGGUGCUAAGACCAAACAGAUCAGAACACGGGUGCUGGCGAUGCUCAAGAUCAGCUGUGACAAGGACAUUGAAGCCGGAGGAAACACAUGACCCUCACCACUCUAUCCCUAUUGUCCUACAUGGCUUAAUGUAGUAAUUCCAUCACACCUGCUUAAUUACAGUCAUAAGCACACUAGUGCUUCUCCCUGAAUGGGAUACUGAACGAAUGUGUGGUUUAUCUUCAUCGUGGAUAUAAUGUGAAAUAAUCAAUGAACAUUAUGUGGUUUAAAGACUCUGCUGUGAAAUGAGACACAUGAUAAUACUAAAUAAAACAAGAAGGAUUUGUGAUUUAAACUAACUGGCCUGGUUUGUGACUUGGAUGAAAUACGUUCAAUUACUCAUGACUUUGUUUUACUCCUGUUUUCUUUGUCACGAAGCUGUUGUUAGCUGUUGUUUGACUUCUGAAAUACAAACCAUGAAACCAACAGUGCGGUGGCCACGGGUCUCCUCAUUCACUUCCAGUCUAUUGUUCGCUCCCCAGGAACAUGUCCAAGCCCUAAAUAACAAUGCUUAUGAAUGUAGCAUGUACGCUUAACAUGUUCCAGGCGCCGUGAUACGUGCUUUUCAGCCUUUCUGUGGCCUCAUUCUUUGUACAGGGAAGGCACCACCUUUGCCCACCACAACAUGCCACAAAAGCUUUAAUAGCAAAGAAACUUUCUUCUAUGUGCUGUGCCAAGAUUUUAAAUUAAAUUUCAUAAUUGAUUACAUUUGCUUUACUGCCAUGUUAUAUUACUUCCUGUUCAACAUCUGCUGUCUAUUUCCUCUGCCUGUUACAGAUUCUGUUUCUCCCUGCUGUGUGCUAGCAUGGAUGUCUUUGUGCUUGUGCUAAGUGUUUAACCCUGUCCUGGUUGAGGGCAACAAACUGGUCCUCUGGGCAGGGCAACCUGCUUCUUCUCAGAUGAGAGGAGGGGGUUCCAAUUUUUUAGUCUCUUACCUAUCCUUGACUGUGUCUUCUUUGUACUGUGUCCUAUAACUUUCAAAUGUUUUGAAUGUAUAAUAUAUGAUAUUGUCUGAGUCUUGACUUAGGAAUCAAAUGACAUAAUAAUUUAUCUUAAAAUGUUCAGUGUUAUUUUUACUGUUUUUAUAUUCAUAGAGUCCAAUAGAGUGAUGUUGUGAGCUAUGAGAGAUCCUCCAGCCUUCUUUACCAUCGUGCAAAGGGCCUGCCAGGUAUGGGAGCACCACUGAUGAAAAGGUUCUAGAAACAGUAGUGAUAUCUACAGCAUGUCAAUACACUCAAUGUACACAUAAAGCUUAAAAUGGUGAGAUUUGUGUAAUAUG